AUGGGAGGUGGUGGUUACUUUACAGAUGAGCGGCGGAAGAAAAUUCGUCAGAAAACAGGAGUUGGCUUUCUUGAGGACUACUUCCUGCGAAGUGAAAUAACGGAUUAUCGACGACUUCGUGUUUUACUCAAUCUGCUUAUUGGGAUCGUUUUUUGCUCGUUUCUUUACUAUUUCGGCUGGAAAAAACUCAAUUUUGCCGAUUUUCAUGUCGUCUAUGGUCUCGUUUUCAAAUGGUUCAUGAUACUCUCGACGGCAUGCGCCUUCGCCCUCAGUCCGAUGUUUCGGUGUGCGAUGCUGUGUGUUCUGUUCGGUGCUCUGGGAAAAAACGGCCAAGCCCCAUUAUCGCUGCUGAUUCUUCACAACUUGAACGAAGGGCCAAUAACCAACAUUGUCAGCAAUUUUCAGAGAACAGCGGAGAUUCUACUAUGUCACCUGGAGCUACAAGCAAAAAUAGCUACGAAUCGAGUGUCAAUGCUCACUGAACCGGUGGAGGCCGUUCUCGAGAAGCAGCUAGGUAAGUACUGUAUCAUUUACGUCAUCACCUUGCCAAUAAUGACACCUUUCAUGGCAGAACUCAAGGCGUCUCGAACUAAGGAGGACAAGAAAAUGGAAGAUCGUGAUGCUCAGUUAAAUGUAUGGCGAACUCUUUUUUUGAUAGAACUGUUAACAACUUUUCAGUUACAUAUGAUGUUGGUUGAAAUGCCUCGCAUAGAAAACGUAUUCCAAGUAUCCCAACUGAAAAUGGCCGUCAGCAUUGGAACGAACUAUGUCAAGGCACGAAGCACAGUAACCGUUUCACAAGUUCUUCAAGCGCUGUUCAUUUUCUAUGUAUAUGUGAUUUUCCGUGAUGCCGUGAACAUGAUUGAAAACUAUCGUACAGAUGUUAACUUUAACAAUCAUUUUAUAACGGGACUGUUUUGGCAAAUUGACCACCAUCGAGAGUUGCUUGGUCAGCAAGCGAUUCGUCACAUUUCUAAGGAAGAGAUGAGAAGCUGGAGACUGAUGAAUGUUUCCCUAGUAAUCAAAGUUACAAUGACGAAUUCACACUGUCUGCUACCACCACAACGACCAGAUUUUGGACAUAUCUUUGCUUGGAUCAUCAUUCCGCUGGUCAUCUCACUGCUUAUUCAGGUGAUUUUCUCUUUUGUGGUCCGACGAAUUAUUAUCAAUUACUUCAUGCCAUUCAUGUUCCCACUUCGGGAUCGUGUACGAAUAAUCUUUCUCUACAAUAAGAACCUUUUUCUUGUGGAAACAAUCACAAAUUUGCCUUUCAGUGGAUGGCUAUCUUACCAGUCAUGGUUCAAGCGGAAUAUUCUGGACAGGCUCUUCCGAACCGGCCAGUGCCUCAUGUGUCAGGUGGGAGAAUUUUAA